CCUAAAUCGCGUCAAGACUUUUUUUUAACGUGAGAGCUUGACCAGCUCCAUUCUUGACAACGCCAAAACCAUAACACCUAAUUGCCUAUCCAUUCCACGAAACCACCGAGUUUAGCGCAAAUCUAGUAAACUACAUCGGCGUGAAUAUCACCAUCUGGAUCGCAAAUUCCGGCGAUUUAGAGGAUGCUGGCUAACAACCAGCUCCUCAUCCAAAGAUAACGACCAUCUUCCUGCAUCAUCUGCAAUCUCUCCCUCGAACCGAUACGAUGCUCGCCCAAAGACCCCAGCGCAUGUCGGGCCUUGAGCUUGGCGGAUUAUCUCAGUCCCCCGACUUGGAUGAACAAAGUACACAACCGUUGCUUUCAAUUGAACACGACGGAUGGUUGGAAGCUGACCAUGAUGUCCCAUUAGCGUCGCCAUUGUAUGAUGACGAAGCCGAGAACGAGUUCGCGAACGAUGCCGAAGAGUUUGCUAGAGGGCUCGACGCCUUAUCGUUUGUGCGAAGAUCUCCCGCCGAGAGACGAGCAGAGAUAUUCAAACUCGUUAAUUUCUACUAUGACUAUGCCGCUAGAAAGGUACAAUCUAUACGCAAGUCGCAAGGACAGUCGUCGAGAACCGAGUUCCGCCCUUCAUACGAUGCGUCUAGUCAAGACUCUAUGGACCUUGAUGACGCCGAAAAUCUAGCAGGAUCGCCAAAUUCGACCGAAGCGCUAAAAAACUGGGAGUUGGAGGCCCAGACCUGGGACCUUUUGCGUCGUGUCUUACCACUGCGAUAUCCUAACAAAACCUCUCUCAAACCUAUACGCCACGAUGUAUCGAGAUUUCAGUCUUGCUCGGAGCUCUGGGAGGAGUUUUUACAAACAGAUUCUACUGCGCAAGAACGCAAGGCAGUCCUAGAGUGCCUGCAGACCAGUGCAGACGGAUCACGAACAGACAUAGAUGAGCUGGUGCGAGACUACCAACAAAGAGCAGAGAGGGGUGAUAUCAUAGCUUAUGGGUGGCUUCAUACGCGAUCUGCCAUCAAGAUGCAGAAGAAUGUCAAUGGCUGGUCCGGACCCUUGGAACCCACCGCUUCCGAUGUUGUCCAAAAACUUCGUAAUGGGACUAAUGCUCUAGUAACCCAACUCGACCCUGAUGUAGCUACGAGGCAGAAUCGCAAGCUUCAGCCGCAAGAUGAAUACUUCGAGAGAGCCAUCUGGCUAGGAUGCUACGAGUUACUCCGUAGAGGGCGAAGUAUCGCAGAGAUCCGAGAUUGGUGUGUCGAGAGAACCGAAGUUUGGAGGGCUGUUAGUAUGUCGGCUUUGCCCUUAUCUAAAGGCGAAAGUGAAGGACGAUUUAACUGCGAUCCUCUCUCUAUGCUUCUCUGGCGACGUACCUGUUUUGCCUUGGCGCGGCAAGGAGGUACCGACGAUCUCGAGCGUGCUGUCUACGGUAUUCUGUCGGGUGACAUAUCUAGUGUCGAGAAAGUCUGCGAAGAUUGGGACGAUUUUGUCUUCGCCCACUACAAUGCCUUAUUGCGAACACAAUUCGAUGCUUAUUUGAUGAAGCGAUCCCCACCGGAUUUAACAGCUACUAUUACCCAAAGUUUCCCUGCCUUCAAUGCUGUUCAGUUCCACGGCGACGCCGCUUCGGUCGGGGAGCGUCUCGUUAAAUCUCUAGAGACGAAUAUCAAGACUUCUACAGAAGCAAAAACACCCAUGAAAACCCUCCAGGCAGCUAUUCUCUCUAAUGGUCUAGACCAGUACACCUAUGAACUUGGUCUUGCCCUUGGAAAAUUAGCAAAUAAAGACGAAGCAUCGGCACUAAUAUUAAGCUACGGUUCUACGGAAAAUAUAGAUGACGCCAAGUUUGUCCAAUUGGGCGAUCACAACGGCUUACGUGUUUUGGUACAUGUCUAUCUAAUUCUUUCAAGUCUCGAAGAGCUUCAAGGCAGCUUCCACUCGGACUUUUCUGAACGUUCCAAAGUACAAGAGAACGUAAUCUCCGCCUAUGUCAGCACUUUGCGCCUAACUGGCCUAAUUGAUAUUAUGCCGUUAUACUGCCGCCAACUACAGGGAGACAGAGCUUUCUUCACGCUCAGCCGAAACGUCACUCGUGUCACUGACCAACAUGAGCGAGAAGUACUGCUGAGGCUGAUGGAGAAGCUCGGCAUGGAUAUCGCCGAGUUCGUACAAUUCCAGCCGCGCUCUCUUCUCCAGCAGCAUCCCGUACCAGAUGAUCAUCAGCCACCGUUUGGUCGAUUCACCGUUUUCUCUAACGAUCCACCUUCCCUCAAGUAUGGACGCCCUCUGAAAUCGGACUUCCUUGGAGAACCUCCGGAGAAUUUAGAACCUGUUGAUGAGCAUCUCAUCCAGUCACUAGAAUGGUUCCUUCUUGUCGAUGGUCUUUGGCACGAAGUUUUCUAUUAUGGCACUGCUAUCUACAAACGUUUCCUUAAGCAAUUCAACUUCAAUGCCGCACGUGCCUUGUAUGAACGAGUUCGCUGUGCCGAAAUUUUUAAGAGGAAAGCAGGUAUCGUCUACUCGGACGACUCAGACGUCUCGUGGUUUGACGAAGUCCGAGCAAGCGCUACGAAUGGUUCGUUGGAAGAGAACGGCAUUGGCCCAGAUGAAGUCAUAGCAGCGCAGAAUUUCUUUGAGAUGGAGUGUUUGAUCCGUGCCUUAGAUUCAAUGGAAACUAUUGCCUCCAGCGAACUAUUGGCACAAGAUCCGGCAGAGCAAGUAGGUCGAGACUUCUGGUCUAAUGUUGGCCACGAAGUUAAGAAACUUCGAAGCUUCAUGCGCCCUAUCUUGAACAACUGGCUCCUGGACAGUGCUGAAGAAGAUGAAGAUUUCACUUACCUCCGAGAUGCGUAUUUGCCCGAGACGAUUAUAGGAUACGUGAGCGUGCUGCAUUUUGCAGGAACGACUUUAACUCGCGACAACUUACUAGAGUGUAUGGAGCUCGCAUCGGUUAUUGCCAAGAAAGAUGCGGAUGUGGCGGCGGUACUCAUGAAAGCCGGACGAAUGAAGGAGCUUGUUGAAGGGUUUGCGAACUGCAGUAAGGCCCUUGCUAUCACCAGUAGCGACAAGAGAGCACCCGGUGGCAUCAACAGCAAGAGAAUGAUGCGAGAACAUGGGUGGACACGAGAGUUGUGGUCUGUUAAGAAGUGAGAGGUGAGAAUCAUGACAUUUAAUUAAGACUCAAGGGUGUUGCGUUUGCAUUCAUGGAGGAGUCCCGGGCUUUCGUUGGCGUUGGUGGUUUUCAAGGAUAAGUCGAUGACCAUCAAAAAGAGGGCGUUCUUAGGGCAUAAUAAAAUGUCCGCAGUAUAAGCACGGUCGGCUUUAGUUAAAUACUUCAGGCUCUCAUAUGCAACUCUUAAAAAGAUAAUGAAGGUAUAAUUGAGUCAUUUGCCAGAAUUAAU